CUUUUUUCCAAAUGCAAAACGGAGCGAAGCCAUAUCGAAAAUGGCAGAUCAGACGAGUGGGAGCAAUGGGAACCAUGGAGUUGUCUUGGAAAUGAAAGACACUUCCAACGCCAAGGAAGAAAUUAGAAGCACUUUCUUCUCUUUUCCCUUCAUUCAAAAGUUGAUCGCAGAGGUCUUUGGGACUUACUUCUUGAUAUUCGCGGGUUGUGGGUCUGUGGCGGUGAACGUGGACUACGACAAGGUGGUGACGCUCCCGGGGAUAUCGAUGGUGUGGGGCUUAGCAGUAAUGGUGCUGGUGUACUCAGUCGGACACAUCUCCGGCGCCCAUUUCAACCCAGCCGUCACCAUUGCUUUCGCCACCUGCAAGAGGUUUCCGUGGAAACAGGUGCCUCCAUAUAUAUUGGCACAAGUUUUGGGAUCAACGUUGGCGAACGGGACACUGCGGUUGCUAUUCACCGGCAAGCUGAACCAUUUCCUUGGGACUCAACCGGCCGGUUCGGAUGGGCAAGCAUUUGUCUUUGAGUUCAUCAUCACUUUUUACCUCAUGUUCAUCAUUUCCGGCGUUGCCACCGAUAAUAGAGCAAUAGGGGAGCUCGCUGGCCUCGCUGUUGGUGCAACCGUUUUGCUCAACGUGAUGUUUGCAGGGCCAGUAACGGGAGCAUCUAUGAAUCCAGCGAGGAGCUUGGGUCCGGCGAUAGUGUUUCACCACUACGACAAGCUGUGGAUCUACAUCGUGGCACCAACAAGCGGGGCGAUUGCCGGGGCAUGGAUCUACAACCUGAUCCGGUUCACCGACAAGCCCAUCCGAGAGAUCACCAAGUCCGGCUCUUUCCUCCGAGGGCAGAGCUCUUCUUGAGUCAAACUCGUUCCACCCACCC